GUCCGAGCAACCGCUAGCGUCGGUCGCCGGCCCCGCCCCACCUCGCUGAUAGGAGGGCGGCGCGAGCGCAAGCUCGCGAUUGGUCGGCGCAUCACAAAGGGGCGGUGCGCUCAUCACUAGCCGCGGCGUGGCUCUCGGAGUCCGCGUCCCGGUGAGCCUGAGGCGGACGAAGGAGCUAGUGGACCGGCGCCUGGCUGAGGGCAGGCGCGGAAACGUGGACGGAGUGCGAGUUGGACACGCGCGGGUAUUUCCGUGUCGGCGCCUUCAGGAGUGCAUCGCGGGUGGCACCUGUGUGUGGGCCAACGGUGUGCAAGAUACAAAAAUCAAAACAUGAACAACGAUAUAUAUUACAAAUGCUCAAAGCUGAUUUGGGUACAACUGGAGUGCAAUUGCUUACCACAUAUUCCAGAGGAAUUAGAGAAAUCAGAGUGAUGGAUAACAGAAAAGAGCCUCCGUUCUUCAAUGAAGAUAACAUGGGACUGGAACCAUUUGACUACAAACUUCUUUUCUAUGACACCAUGGAGCUCUUCAUUGAGACACUGACUGGAACGUGUUUUGAGCUGAGAGUUUCACCUUUUGAAGCAGUUAUUUCUGUAAAGGCAAAAAUUCAAAGACUGGAAGGUAUCCCCAUCUGUCAGCAGCACUUAAUCUGGAAUAACGUGGAGCUUGAAGACGAUUAUUGCUUGAAUGAUUACAACAUUUCAGAAGGUUGUACUUUGAAGCUGGUUUUGGCCAUGCGUGGUGGACCUAUAAAUACUAGAAAAGUUCCCACAGAAGACCGGCUUAGGGAGAUGGCUGAGUGCGUGGACCCCAGGCGAGAUGAGGUCUGGGAGAAGGCCUCCUGCGGCAGACAAGUCACGUUCUUGGUUUACCGGGAAGGAGAUCAGUUGAAUUUCUUUCGUGUGGUAGAUAGGGGAGAUGGCACUUUAACACCAUUGUCUGAAUCUUUAAGCAGCGGUUCUGUGUACAAUUUGUGUACUGAUGAGGAUGAGGAGGUAGAGCCUUCCCCUUCCGGGCAGAAGACCAUUGAAAAUUCAAUAACCAUGAAUAAGAUGAAGCUGCUGAAGGCGAAGAUGGAGAGCAUGAGCCUGGGCCGAAAGCCCAAGAAACCCCCGAGGGUGCAGCCUCGCCCACCAGCCACGCGCCCUGCCAGCGGCUCCGCAGGGCUGGCCCCGCGUCCCCGGCUACUGCCCGCACUGACGCCCUUGAGCCCAGGGCACCUGCCGGGGUCCUCUCAGAUUUGGGGCACCCAGCGAUCCCCGGGGAACUUGGCGACUAAGGACCUGCACAACCUGGCCCUCAAGAUCCCACGUUCAGAAGAGUGCAAACCAGAGGAUACGCUGCACCUCAGGGAGACCAAGGGGAGCAUAGCAGGGCCCAGCAGUGGCGCGGGUACCCAAGGAAAACAGAGGGCCAGCACUGCCGUGUCCUCGUCCCUGGCCCUCUCCCCUCCCAGGGUGGUAGCGCAGAGUCCUGGGAACAGCGGGCCCCCGGGGAAGCCACACCACCAGCAGCGGCCCAGGGACUCCAGAGCCCCUCCUGAGCCCGCCAUCCCCAGCGCCGCGGCCUCUGGCUGUCGAGGGGUGAAGGUCCGGUCACCAGGGAAGAGGCCCGAUGUCAUCUCCAGAGUAGAGGCCCGGGACAUCACAGAGAUGGCCAAUAAGGCCGCCAAGGAGCCUGUGGGCCGUGUGAGCAACGUCGGGCUGCUGGCUUCCCUGGCCCGGAGUACAAGCAGGAGCGGGGUACAGAGCGCUCGAGGACCAGGCCGGCUGGGGGCUGCGCUGCGCGCUCCCCGCAGGCGCCUGCAGCCAGAGACUCCGCCAUGUGCCUCUGCAGGGGCCCAGUCCGCCGUCCCCUUCCAGUCUGCCGUUGGCCUGCGAAUGAACCGAAGCAGUGGAGCUGCAGGAAAGAGAGGAGGAGAAUACACCCAUCACCUCCCACCCGUGAAAGCCCCUCUCCAAACAAAGAAGAAGGCAACAGCAAAACAUUGUUUUCUUUGUGGAAAGAAAACAGGACUGGCUACUAGCUACGAAUGCAGAUGUGGAAACAACUUCUGUGCAUCGCAUCGCUAUGCAGAGACUCACAGCUGCACCUAUGAUUACAAGAGCGCAGGGAGGAGGUUCUUGCAGGAGGCAAACCCUGUGGUGAAAGCACCAAAACUGCCGAAAAUUUAACUCCUCUCUGCGCCCCACUGUUCUGGCCGCUCGCGAAAUCCUAUUAUAUUGACAGAAGAAACACUGUUUAGACUGCAUUCUUUUUGCUUGACUCCAAAAGAUUGGUCCGAUAACAAAAGCAUCUAAAGCGUACUGUUGGAGGAUGGAAAUGCUACUGUAUUUGAUGUCUUUAUUUUUUUUUGGCGAAUCAGAAGUUUUAAAAGUAGUUCUAAAAACUUUACGCUGCAAUGUCUUAGCUUUGUUAUUGCAUGUGUGUGUUAAGUGUUUAUACUUGAUACUGCAGUUUCCCCAGACAACUCUUCAACACAUGCACUUUAAGAAGUAGGCACUGUCGGCGUGACGGCACCCAGCAGUGCAGGAGGCUCUCCUGGCACGGGCCACUUUUAUGUUUUGUGCUAGAGGGGCGAGGUAGGUAGGAAUUUUUUUUUCUUCGAAAUCCCUAUGUGUGAACAUUUGUGGAGUUACUGGCAAGUUCUUUUUUAUUUCAAACUACUUUUUAUAAAAAGAACAUUUGGGUUUCCAGUGUGGUCUUUAAACACAUAAAUCUUUCAUGUUUGGACUGGCAUUCAGAUACAAAUCCAUUCUAUACAGCAUAUCAUGUUAAUCAAGUACAUAUUUCUUAAAGCACUACUUUUUAAAUGGCAGUUUUAAAACAGUCUUACUUGCUGCCACUAAAUACGGACACCAACUUUCAUUUUUCAAGAAAAUGACUACAUUGAAAGCAGAACUUGGCGCAGGGAGGAGUGCUAUUACCAGAAGAAAGGCAGUUAGAUAUUCAAUUUCACUAUGUGUUUGUUUGAUUACAAUAAAUUUUCUUUCAUAAAUAAAUUUUCUCAUAAAAUUUUUGAAUGAAAUAAAACUAAUUCUGCUUGCAAAAA